UAGUGCGAGGGGCAGUCGAGAAUUUGUAGCGACUAUAAAAACAAAUUUGCAAAAAUUUCUAUCAGUCAGUUACGGUGGAUCUACUGCGGUGGCAACAUACAUCCAGAGGUAGCGGCUGACCAGUGGCGUUGUCCUGGAUCGAAUAUCCUCUGGUUCCCUUUUCAAAUGGAUUACACCUGUCUAGCAGUCGUGGACUACUUUUAAGAGUGCAUGGUGGCUUCGAAGAAAAUUUUGUGAUUCGGAAGGAAGAAUUAAGAAUAUUUUGAACCAGUUACAACCUUAAGUGAUUACGAGUGGCAACGAAAAGCCAACCAAUUGUGAUAGUUGAAAACGAAUACCGCAAUUUGCUCAGUGAGUGAUACAAGAACCAAAUAAAAUUCGGAAAAAAUGUCCGCGACGGUUGCCCCAGCGGACCCCGUGAUGGCGAAUGCCAACAUCGCGUCGCCCAUGAAUGUGUUUUACUUCCUGCUGGCGCCGGCUUUGCUCCUGUGGUUCAUCUACUGGCGGAUAUCCCGGCAACAUAUGCUGAAGCUGGCUGAGAAAAUACCUGGCCCACCUGGAUUACCCCUGCUUGGAAACGCGCUGGAACUGAUUGGAACCUCUCAUUCCGUCUUCCGCAACGUAAUCGAGAAAGGAAAGGACUUCAAUCAGGUCAUCAAAAUCUGGAUCGGACCGAAGCUGAUCGUCUUCCUGGUAGAUCCACGUGAUGUAGAACUGUUGCUCAGCAGUCACGUGUACAUCGACAAAUCUCCGGAAUAUCGCUUCUUCAAGCCUUGGCUGGGAAAUGGACUGCUCAUCAGUACAGGUCACAAAUGGCGUCAACAUCGCAAACUCAUUGCUCCCACUUUCCAUUUGAACGUGCUCAAGAGCUUCAUCGAUUUGUUCAACGAGAACUCCCGGCUGGUGGUUGAAAAGAUGCACAAGGAGGCCGGCAAAACCUUCGAUUGCCAUGACUACAUGAGCGAGUGUACCGUGGAAAUCCUGCUCGAAACCGCCAUGGGAGUUUCCAAGAAAACUCAGGACCAAUCCGGAUUCGAUUACGCCAUGGCUGUAAUGAAGAUGUGCGACAUCCUGCAUCUGCGUCAUCGUAAGAUGUGGCUCUACCCGGACCUCUUCUUCAACAUGUCCCAGUAUGCCAAGCGUCAGGUUAAACUCCUGGACACCAUCCACAGCUUGACCCGCAAGGUCAUCCGUAACAAGAAGGCCGCCUUUGCUACCGGAACACGAGGAUCGCUGGCCACAACUUCCAUCAAGACGGCUGAAUUUGAAAAACCGAAAUCCAACAUCAACACCAAUAGCGUGGAAGGACUAUCGUUUGGUCAGUCGGCUAAUCUGAAGGAUGAUUUGGACGUCGAUGAAAAUGAUGUCGGAGAGAAGAAGCGAUUGGCAUUCCUUGAUCUGCUGUUAGAAAGCGCAGAAAACGGUGCUUUGAUCUCGGAUGAAGAAAUCAAAAAUCAAGUCGACACUAUUAUGUUUGAAGGACACGACACGACUGCAGCCGGAAGUAGCUUCUUCCUUUCGAUGAUGGGUAUCCACCAGCACAUUCAAGACAAAGUCAUCCAAGAAUUGGACGACAUUUUCGGAGACUCGGAUCGACCGGCUACCUUCCAGGAUACUUUGGAGAUGAAAUAUCUUGAGCGAUGCUUGAUGGAAACGCUGCGAAUGUAUCCUCCAGUACCAAUUAUUGCAAGAUCUCUGAAACAGGACUUGAAGCUGGCAUCCAGCGAUUUAGUUGUACCAUCUGGCGCCACUAUCGUCGUCGCUACAUACAAAUUGCAUCGACUUGAAACAAUCUACCCGAAUCCCAAUGUGUUUGAUCCCGACAACUUCCUCCCUGAAAGACAGGCCAACCGCCACUAUUAUGCAUUCGUUCCAUUCUCAGCCGGACCCAGAAGUUGUGUUGGUCGCAAGUACGCUAUGCUGAAGCUGAAGGUCAUCCUUUCCACCAUUUUGCGAAACUUCCGCGUCAUCUCAGACCUCAAAGAAGAAGACUUCAAACUACAGGCUGAUAUCAUUCUGAAACGAGAGGAAGGCUUCCAGAUCCGCCUGGAGCCCCGCCAACGCAAACCAAAAGCAGCGAAAGCCUGAAACAACAAAAAAACAAAAGUGCAUCAUUAAGAGUUAAUGUAAUGUAAAGAAAAUCAAAACUUAAACGCUCCGGGACACCAAAAACCUGGAACAUUCAGAGCGGCGUAUGAUGUCUAUACUAUGAUACAUGAUAUACUACGGCGCAUUCAUUUUUGAUAGAUACGAUAAUUGAACAGAAUUACAUGAUUGCAUGUAAGAACCUAAUCGAUGGAUUAGUUCACGAUACGUAAGGGGAAUUGAACUUAUUAUAUUGAAUAUUAGAAUAUACACUUUGCUGAAGCUUGUAUGUGUGUGAUUUAAUACAAACGGAAAAAUAAAUAUAAA